AUGGAUGUAAUGCAUUGGAAUUUGGGGCAACAAUGCUCGGAAGGUACGUUAUCGUUCAAAGAUUUGCGAGCAAAGUUAUUUCCUGCAAAGGAUCGAAAACUCGAUCGUGCACCAGUAUUAAGCGAAGAUAAAUACACUCCGAAAACGUUAGAAGGCAAUUGGUUUGAGCGUAGAACAGUUUACGUACCCCAAACUGUUGAUUGGAAAAGUACAUAUGAUACAGAUUAUAAACCCCAUGUUAAUGAAACUUGGAAAGAAAAUCAAAUUAUGAAAUGGGAUAAUAAACUUGAUCUCGAGGGUGUGCCUCGAGAGAAAUUACUGGGCCACAAAAAAGAAUAUUACAGCAACAUGACAACAACUUACGAUUUGUCUUAUAAUAUUUUACCAAAAGGUCUUAAAGGACCUAGGGUCAGAUCAUAUCGUGCAAGACAGCGAAAAUGGAUCCCCGAAUUAGAUCUGACAAAAAGUUAUGGUAAUUUGACACAAUUUGGAUUAAAGGAUGCCUUGGAAGAAGAGUUAUAUAAAAAUUCGGAAGAAGGGAUAUCCAAGUGUCGAUGGCAGACUACUUAUAGGGAAGAAAUCGGCCAGCUAAUACAAAUAAAAAUUGAACAAAAUACCCGAUUCAACAAACGGAUAGUGGAUUUCAAUGUGCCGGAUCUUAAACACUUUGAACGUAACUCGUCAGAUAUUGAGCGCUGUUUACUUCCGUUUAAAGUUAAAAAUUUGUAA